GUUAUUUUAUGAUAUAAUUUAUACAUUUUAAAUCUUAAUAUUCUUGUGAAAUGUUUUAUAAAACAUAUUAUUUUGUUUUAAUUCUUGCGAUUGAUUUUUUGUUUGAUGAUGUUUUUGGAAGCAUUAUUUUAAUUGGCAAAAAAGGUGUGAUGGAAAUUAUAAAUUUGAAAAAUAAAUCGGAUUUUGAUUAUGACGCUAAAAUGAUUACUAUACCUGGUUAUUUAAAAUCUUCAACAACUUUGCAGUGUGGUUCUGUAGCGAUCAAUUUUGUACGUAAGAAAAAAGUUUUUGCAGAAAUUUUUUUGAAUUAUAAUGAACAAGUUGUUGAAAAUCCAAACAUCAAAAUAAAUCUUAAAAUCACAUUCGCAAAAAAAUACAUUACUUUAAGUCACAAAGAAACACAUAAACAAUAUUUAUACGAUGAAAAUGGAAUUCAACAAUUGCAGGAAUAUAUUCGAAGUUUAAACGAUAAAAUUCAAUUCAAAGUCAUUAAAAUCUAUGAGAGUAAUCUUCCUAAUAAUAGAACUUUAGCUCAUUCUACGGUUUAUGAUAAUCAUUUAAAAAUACAACUAGAUAUGAUAGAAAAAUUGUCUUUAUGGGAAUAUAUCAAAGAGGAGAAAGUUCUCAUUGUUUCUGCUUCUACUUUUAUUCUAUCCAAUAUAACACUUGAAGAUUUCAUCAAUAACUCAACUACGUAUAAAAAAAAUGUUGUAUCUACUAUUGAUGAAGCAGAAAAAAUCAUGGAUGAUCGAACUUUUAAGUAUGCGUUUUUACUAAUCGUAUAUACCAAUAUGAUACUUGAAAUUGAUAAUGAUGCAGAAAUAAAUUGGGUAUCGUUUAAAGAAGUUUGUACACAAUUGAGUAACGCACAAAUUAAAUCGAAACACUUCAAUAACAUACUAUAUGACCUACGUAUUGAUUUUGCUAUAAUUAGACCUAAUGAACCACAAAUAUGUAAGGAAAUUAUCAAAUUCUUGAUGGAUAAAUACUUAGAAUUAUUCACAAUAAUUUUUGAAAAUAUAGUCCGAUUACCACAUGAUGUAUUUACAAAAGCAAUUCAUGGGUUUCCCAAACCUCACGAACACAACGUCACCUCAUACGAAUUUGAAAUUAUACCAAAUCAACUAGAUGAUAUAAAGAAAAAAUGGAAAAUCAUUUUUGAGUUAAUUACCAGAGAAUACAGUUCAUUUUUGUCAAAAGAUUAUAAAGAGAUUUUAAAAGAUUCUUACCCAACUGUUUCGAGAAAUUAAAAAGUAUUUUUUGUUUUUCCUAAUUACAUAGAAAGAUACUGUGUGAUUCUUUCAUCAUGUAAAACUUAUGUAAUCGAAACAUAAAAUAAAUAUGUAAUAAUAAUAAAGUAAAAAAUA